UUGGUUAUGAAUUCUGUCAAAAAAGUUGUAACUUUUGUGAUUGUGUGGAAUUUAUUUUUUUAAACACUAUUGUUAAAUUGUACCACGAUUCGCACGCUUUCGCAAAAUUGAACAUUGCAAUUUCCUAAUAAAGUAUUGAAUUUAAAUCGUUAUGCGUGAGCUGUUUCGCCAGCGACAAUUGCAGCGCCGUCUGUGAAUUAAUGGUUUGAAUCAUAAUGAAAGCGUAUAUAAAAUAACUUAGAGUAGGCGAAGUGUGAAGAGAGUUUGUUUGUUGUGGUAGUGUUUUGAAAUAGUGUUGGAGAUGGCGGAAAACGGGGCGUUUGUGGCUAAGCCGGUCCGCGGUUGGAUCCACCCGGACUCCGUGCUAGCGAGCGACGGCAUAACAUAUGCGGUCAGGUACAUUGGGUGUAUGGAGGUGCUGACUUCUAUGAAAAAGCUGGAUUUUGAGACCAGAUCUCAAGUAGCUAAAGAAUGCAUAGCCCGAGUUUGUGCAGCAGCGGGCUUAAGAUCAGCAGACAAAAAGCGCCGUGUCGGCCAAGCUGCAGCAAGAGCUUUAGCGGCAAAGCCCCGCAUGGCACAUUCCGGAGCCAAUGUGGCCCUCACCAUCUCAUCCAAAGCCAUAACUUUAGCAGCACUUGAAGGACACGAGACAGUAGCCCGACAUGAUAUGCCAAGAGUGUCAUUUGCGUCUGGCGGUGACGCAGACUCUUUAGACUUUGUAGCAUAUGUAGCCAAAUCAGCGCCACCUUCAGAAUGGAGAGCAUGCUAUGUGUUAGAGUGUGGGGGGAGGUUAGCUCAGGAUGUUAUUGCUACCAUUGGACAAGCCUUUGAACUCCGCUUCAAGGAAUUUUUAACAAAACCUUCCUCUCUAAACCUAAACGGCUCCCGGCCGCUAGAUGAUCGCGAGUACUACAACGACAUGCCGGACAAGAUGCCGCCGGAGCCUCCGUCCCACCGCCACCCGCCGCCGCCGCCUCUGCAGCCGAUUCCCCCAAUGUCCUCGUGCGAGGAGAGUGUCCGGCACUACGUGAACCAGACGCCGCCGCCGCGCACGCCGCCGACGGCGCUGCUGCCCAACCAUCACACCGACAUCUUCGACAUGCAACCGUUCACCGCGGCGCCAGUAACGUCGCCGGCGACCACCUCGGCGACCUCCAGCUCGUCAGCGGAGCCCGAGCCUCUCUCGGCCGCCGAGCAGGCCGCACUGUUGGCGCGCGAACCUUGGUUCCACGGACCCAUAGCACGGAGCACCGCUGAAAAGCUGGUGACGGCGGACGGCGAGUUCCUGGUGCGCGAGUCGGCGGGCAGCGCGGGGCAGUUCGUGCUGACGGGCGCGCGGCGCGGCGCGCACAAGCACCUGCUGCUCGUCGACCCCAACGGCGUGGUGCGAACAAAAGACCGCGUGUUCGAGAGCGUGCCGCACCUGAUCAAGUACCACUGCGCCAACGAGCUGCCCAUCGUGUCCGCCGACUCCGCGCUGCUGCUGCGCCGCCCCGUGCCGCGCGCCGACUCCUGAGGCCGCGCACCCGGCCGGCCCGACCACCAGGUCAACGUGUGACGCGUGACCCUACGGCCAACGGAAAUGUACUACUGAAUGCCAACGUUUCAAUACAUUGACUUGUAUAAAAGAUGGGCCUUACGAACGGUACGAAGUGGGCCAAUACACAUACAAAAGAGUGUGUAGAGACGAAUUGUUAAAGUAAAUUAUGUAGCCACUGUAAUUUUACUGCCACCUUUCGACAGAACAUAAAACUGUAUGAACGCCAUUUGACUUUGAUCCUUAUUCUUUCUCUGAUCUGUGUUAACUUAUUAAACAUUAUUAAUAUUAAUGCCAUCUACUCGACUAUAGGCCAAUGGUAUGAGGCAAUCUAUUCGAGCGAUGGCGCCAUAACCUUCAACUCUCGAGUAGAUGGCAUUAAUAUUUAACAAGUUAACACAUCAGUCAAAGAAUAAUGAUCAAAGUCAAAUGGCGUUCUAACAGUUUUAAUCUUCUGUCGAAAGAUGGCAGUAAAUGUACUAUAGCUACAUAACUUACCAUGACAGUAACUCUCUAUUUCAAAUUCUCUUUGCAUAUACCCACUUCGUUUUGCCUGUAAGGCCCGUCACUACGAAGUAAUAUUAUAAGUCAAUGAUUGAAUAUAGAUAAUCAGUCGAGUUGAUAUCACCUUGAUGCUUACGCGAGGCGUAAUAGCAGGAACACUUACAACUUUAAAAAUAUGGGUGUAGCCAACUUAUUCAAAAAUAUGUCCCAUAGUUCUUAAUUCGCUGACAAGGACAUAUUAUUGAGAUGAUUUGUGCACCCAUAUUUUUACACUAGACUGUACAACGAGUGAUUUAUGUCAGAAUUUUAAAGCAAUCGUAGCCAUUACGAACAACUUUUACACGAAAAAUAUUAGACUGAGAGUUAAAGUUUCUAAAAUGAUCUGCAAAUUUAUGAUAUGCAUUUUAACGUUAAUUUUAAACUACAUACUUUAUUUAGGUAUUAUUUUACUAAUGCCAGUGCAUGGAAGUUGCACUGAUUUAUUAAAAAAAAAAUGUACUAGUAAGUUUACACUGCACUAAAAAGUCCUACGUAAUGUCGUCGAUGGUUAAUAUAUAUGAAUAAAAAAAUUUGACACGUAUACAUUAUUGAUGAUAAAAUUUACAGAUAUUCAAAUUGGACAAAUUGUGAUUUUCCGCAAGACUUACAGUCAUUUAAUUUUAAUACUAGAAGUCAGCAUUGUUACCUAAAAACUGUAAAUUAUAUUUGUCAAAAUUAUUUAUUUAUUUGCUUUUUUAUGUCAUGCUAUUCAUGCUUAUUAAAAUUGUCUUUGUCCUUGUGUGUAAAUAGUUCCACGAAAAUAAAGUUGUUCAGUGAAACAUACUAGAUGUCGCUAGUGAUACCUUAUGUCAAGGGUUCGCAACGCAUCUUGAAUUAUUUUAUUUAUUCACAUAUUUUACAGUGCAGUAAAACUACGUGUGGAUGGAUUAUUUUAUUCUAAUACUAAUAUGAAUGCCACUGGUAAGAAGGUAAACGUAGAACCGAAAACGUAAUUGUUAAUUUAAAUAACCCCGUGUGAUAUAUGUAUUGAUUGGCUGUAUUGAACACUAUUAUAAUAUAACUUAAAGCUACUUUACAACAAAAAAAUACACACUUCUAGUUCCACUGUUGAAACUUAGCAUAUGUCUUAUCACAAUGCGUCACUAGAGGGCACUGUAUUUCACAAUAUUGUACUAUUGUAACUAGGUGUUGUGGAAUAUAAAAUAUAAUCGACACUGAACUUAUUAUAAGUACAAUAAUUAGUUCAUCCUAGAUAUAAAUUUAGUAUGCCUUAGGUUUUGAAAGGUUUUUGAAUACGUAAACACUUAAACAAUAUUAGUAAACAGACUCUCUGCAAUGAUCUUUAAUUGUUUAUUACGUUAUGUGUGUUAAAUGUCAUUGUGAAAUUUAUUAUCUAUUGAAAUCUAAUGAAAUCUUCAUAUUUUGCUCGUUGAUUGUGAUUGUUGUUUCCUUUAAUUGUCAUUCGCUCUCUCGAAUUUGAAAUAGAGGAAUAUUGUCAAAGUAAAUUAUGUAGUCAGUACAUUUACUGCCAUCUAUCGACACAAAUGAUUAACACUUUAGAACAAGGAUCAAAGACAUCAAAGUUGUAAAAGGCGUUCUAAAAGUGUUAAUCAUUUGUGUCGAAAGAUGGCAGUAAAUGUACUGACAACAUAAUUUACUUUAACAAUAUUCAUCUAGUCUAAAUUCUCUUUGAUUUUUACAUUCUGUAUUUUUACUAAACAACUAUUUUUGUAUGUUAUUUUUAAUGUUAGUAAUUUAGGUGCGCCUUUACCAAACACGCAGCAAUAAGUUGUAUCGAUGUUUUACGAUUAAGUAAUAUUAUAUUUAACGAAAAUAUAUAACAUAGGUGCUAUGAAGGCUUACUUAAAAUUGAAUGUGAACUUAGUUUUAAGCUUUAAGUAAUAAGAACUGUUAAUCUCUAUACAAAUUCAUUAUUAUUAGUCGUUGAUGGCGCCACUUAAGAGGUAAAACAAUAUAAUAUUUUAAGACAUUCAGAAAACACAAAGUAGCAAGCUAAACUCUGGCACACCCGUUUUGGCAGUAGAUUAUAGAGGGCUAUUGCCAAAGUAAAUUUUGUAGUCACGGUACAUUUACUGCCAUCUAUCGACACACGAUUAAAACUUAAAAUAAAAUUGAAAAUGUAUUAAUUAAUCAAAAUAUGUUUACGGAUAAAUGAUUUUUAUUUUUUAUUAUUCCAUUCUGACCCAUGUUCUUUCACUGAUAUGUGUUAAAAUUGUUAAAUAUCAAACGGUGUCGUCAGCGCCAUCUAGCCGGGAAUGACUUUCUUGAUUUUCGAGGCACGUUUUUUUCUUAGACUUUAUUUAUCUUAUAUGGAGUUAUAUAUAUCUCUGGCAGUAGUAAAAAGUGACAUUUAAAAAAAAUGUAGGCGCGUGGAGUUGACUUUCCAUAGGAAAGUUGAAUUACGCACCUUUUCCUACUGACAAGGUGGGUGUGUUUGUGUAUAUUUUAGGAUGGUAUCCCACCGGUCCAAUGUCAAUGUAUCUCACUCUGUCAUUAAGCAAAAUGUGAGACAAAAUACACAUUGGACAGAUGGAAUACCACCCUUAGGUAUUUUUACUACGAGACCACUGUAGUGACGGCAACGCCAUCUAUCUCAUCAACAUGACUAUAUGGAUGGAUGUUAACAAUUUUAAUAACCUACUUGUCUGUUUACACGUAUAGUAUAGGUACAUAAACCAUGAUGAAUAGUUGUACAUAAACCAUCACACUACUAUUAUAUUAUGAAGUUAAUUAUUUAAGACUAAAAAAACCUUUUCCAUUUAAAGUGAUAUAAUGUGUCAUUCGCAAUGCUUUAAACUAAAUUUUCUCAAAAUUUUCAAUAUUUAGUGAAUAAUAUUAAUUUAUCCCUUUUCAAUAUCUAGUGAAUAAUAUUAAUUAUACUGUAUUAUUACCAGCGCACAAAGAUUAGCUCUGAGAAAUACUUGGCUUCAUUUAAAUUAUGUUUAUGUGAAGAUAUAUGAAUGUGAUUUAAUAAAUAAUUCGUUAAACC